CUAAUCAUUUGAUGACUUGUUCUUUCUGUUUGUCUGUUUAAUUAUUUUUGAUUUCGUUCCAUGGGUUAAGUUAUGUCUCUGUUUGAUUAUUUUGAGGUAUCGACGCCUUUACUCAGCAUCGCUUCGGGACUCACCUUUAUUGUGGCCUUUAAUUACAUAGUUUCACGGAUCAUCAGUUUGGUAAGAUUACCCAAUGGACCCUGGGGCUAUCCCAUUGUUGGUUACUUACCCUUUAUCAAAGAUGAUACUUAUCUAGUAUUUGAUAGACUGGCCAAGAAAUAUGGACCCGUUUUCAGUCUGAAAUUAGGUCAACAUGAUACUGUAGUUAUUUGUGACUGGGAACAUCUUAAGGUCGCUUUCGCUGACGAGGCCUUAUUGGCUCGACCUUAUGAGAACUUUUUUCCGGGACUAAUCGAUGAGAGUUCGUUUAUCGAAAUGUCUGGUGACCCUUGGCGUGAACAUCGACGACUUUCAAUACAAAUUCUUCGUGAUGUCGGUUUUGGUAAAAGUACAAUGGAAACUUUGAUCACCAGAGAAAUCGAUCAAUUCUUACCAACAAUUGAAGGAGAAAAAAUCGAUUUUACAAAAAAGAUAACACCAAGUGUAUCGAAUAUAAUUUCGUGCUUUUUAUUUGGUCAAAACUUCGAGUAUUCUGAUCCAUAUAAGAUUGAAUUGGAUAGACAAAUGGAAGAGGUUAAUCAAGUUUUCCAAUUUACUGGAAUUCAAGCAUUCUUACCAUGGUUGACCAGGAUUCUUUCUUAUUUUAAAGUCGCAGGUUUAGACAAAGUCAAACGAACCAUCGAAACCGCCGAUAAUUUAGUCCAGGAAAAGAUCGAUGAGCACGUAAAAAGGUUUUCGCCGUCGACUGAGAUCAUUGAUUAUAUUGAUGGGUAUCUACAGGAAAAAGAGAAACUCGCUACGAAAGGAGAUCACAUUUUCAAUUCACAAAUUCUAAAGAGAAACGUUACUGAAUUUUUCGCCGCGGGCUCAGAAACUGUCGCUACUACUUUAUCAUGGGCAGUGAAUUAUCUUGUCCACUUCCCAGAAUAUCAGGAAAAAAUUCGUUCCGAGAUAAGUGAGAUCAUUGGUUAUGAUCGAAAACCAAAUUAUACCGAUCGAAAUCAAAUGCCUUUCACUAUGGCUUUUCUCUACGAAACUCAACGAAUUGGAUCUGUUAUUGCAUCGAAUUUACUUCGACGUGCAUCUCGCGAUACGAAAAUUGGCCAAUAUACUAUACCGAAAGAUACAUUGGUUAUAUUUAACUUAUGGAGUAUCCACCGGGAAGAAAAACUUUGGCCUGAUCCAGAGAGAUUCUACCCCAAUCGCUUCUUAACCGACAAUGGAACCAAGGCAUUCAAACCUCCCUAUUUGGUACCAUUUAGUAGCGGAAAAAGAAACUGUUUAGGUGAAGGCUUAGCUAAUGUGGAACUAUUUUUGUACAUUGUUAGUAUAUUACAAAGAUAUCGAAUCAAGUCCGAGAAAAUAGAUCAUAAUCUCUGUUCACAAUCAGUUCUUGGUGUCGCACGAAGGCCAAAAUAUUUACCAAAACUAACAUUCAAAAGACUCCAACAUUUUAUGUCUCUUCUUGAUUAUUUUGAUGUAUCGAGUUUACCUUUACUCGCUGUCGCUUUGGCACUCGCCUUAAUGUUGAUGAUCAACAGCAUUAUUACAUCAAUCAAUCGACGGCGAAAAUUACCUCCUGGACCUUGGGGACUUCCAAUUGUUGGAUAUUUACCCUUUAUCAAUGAUGAUUCUUACCUUUUCUUUGAUAGAUUGGCCAAAAAGUAUGGACCAGUUUUUAGUCUAAGAUUGGGUCAACAUGAUGUCGUCGUUAUUUGUGACUGGGAACAUCUUAAACUGGCCUUUGCUGAUGAAUCGCUAUUGGCUCGACCUCUUUCGACCUUCAAGCCUGGUGAUGUACCUUCGUUCAUGGAAAUGUCCGGUGAUAUAUGGCGUGAACAUCGUCGUCUUUCAUUACACAUCCUUCGAGAUGUUGGUUUUGGUAAAAGCGCAAUGGAAAACUUGAUAACCAAAGAGAUUAACCAAUUCUUACCUACACUUGAAGGUCGAAAUGUCGAUUUCAUCAAAAAAGUUCAACCGAGUGUCGCAAACAUAAUAUCGAGCUUCUUGUUUGGAAAAGCAUCAGACUAUUCUGACCCACUAAAGAUUCAACUCGAUACUAAUGUUGAGAGAGUAGCGCAGGCAUUAAGAUUUGCAAGUCUACAGGCGUUUCUACCUUGGAUGAUAAAGAUACUUGCGUUUUUUGGCUUUACCAACUUCGAAAAGUUCAAAAAAGGAAUCGCUGCUAUCGAAUCGGUAAUUCAAAAGCAUGUUGAUGAUCAUGUGGCUAAAGACAAAGACUCACAUGAAAUAGUGGAUUACAUUGAUGGAUAUUUACAAGAACAUGAAAGAAGAAAAAUCAAAGGUGAAGAUGACAACAUGUUCAAUUUGCACAUUUUAAGACGAAAUGCGACAGUUUUUUUCGGCGCUGGAUCAGAGACCAUCACCAGUACUCUAUCAUGGGGUAUGAUGUUUCUCGCUGCAAGACCUGAAUAUCAAGAAAAGAUUCGAGAUGAAAUAAGUGAAGUCAUCGGUUAUGAACGAGACCCUAACUACACCGAUCGAAAUCAGAUGCCGUUUACAAUGGCCUUUCUUUACGAAGUUCAAAGAACUGGUUCAGUCAUCGCUACCAAUCUACUUCGACGGGCUACAAGUGACACUAAAAUCGGAAAUUUCUUCAUACCUAAAGAAGCGACUGUAGUCUUCAACUUAUGGAGUAUCCACCGGGAAGAAAAACUUUGGCCUGAUCCAGAGAGAUUCGACCCCAAUCGCUUCUUAACCGACAAUGGAACCAAGGCAUUUAAACCUCCCUAUUUGGUACCAUUUAGUAGCGGAAAAAGAAACUGUCCCGGCGAGAGUUUAGCUAAUGUGGAACUAUUUCUGUACACUGUUAGCAUCUUACAAAGAUAUCGAAUCAAACCUGAGAAAAUCGAUUCUGAUCUUCUCUCAGAAGCGGUCUAUGGUAUUGCUCGACGGCCUAAACAUUUACCACCAUUGACUUUCGAAAAGUUCAAACCUUAAUGGGCCACUUUUCCACCGAAGGAACAAUUAACUAAACAUUCAAUCAUAAUGGGAACAAAAUUUUCAUCUUAUGAAUUAAUAUCUUUAGUUUAAUAAAGAUUCGAUUCUUGUCUUUGUAAAGUUCCAAUUGUUUGGUUCACUCCGUUGAUUGGUAACAAUUCACGAACCAAUUGUGAUCUCUGACUUGUAACAAUUAAAAGAUAAUCGUAAUGGUAA